GAAUGUUUUGAAUGUGACACGAGGUGAAGCUGGGCUGUUGAAGGGGAACAUGGCAGCUGGUGUCGGUGUGAAACUGGCUCCAUGGAGCAGGAGAGCCCGGCUGUACAGACCCACGUCCCCCGGAGGCGGCUGUCGACACGCGGCUGUGACUCAGGUCGUGAGAGCGAAGAGCAGCGCGACGGCGGAUUCACAGAGCAACCAGGAGUUCUGUCUGCAGCUGGUCCGGUCCAGAGACUAUGAUGGCUUCGUGUCCUCCCUCCUCCUCCCAGAAGAUGCCCGGCGCUCCUCCUUGGCUCUGAGAGCGUUUAAUGUGGAGCUGGCACAGGUGAAAGAUUCCGUUUCCCAGAAGACCAUUGGUCUGAUGCGGAUGCAGUUCUGGAAGACGGCCAUAGAAGAAAUCUACAGAGAUGAACCCCCGAACCAGCCGGUCACCGCCGAGCUGUGGAGGGCAGCGAGGAAACACUCCCUGACGAAGAGAUGGCUGCUGAGGAUCAUAACCGACAGAGAGAAGGAUCUGGAUGACCGAGCCUACAGGAACCUUCAGGAGCUGGAGACGUAUUCAGAGAACACUCAGUCCUCCUUGAUAUACCUGCUGCUGGAGUGUUUAGGUUUUAAAAACGUCCACGCCGACCACGCAGCGAGUCACAUCGGCAAAGCUCAGGGAAUCGUGACGUGUCUCCGAGCGACUCCGUAUCACAGCAGCCGGCGGAAGGUCUACCUGCCCAUGGACGUGUGCAUGUUGCACGGAGCUUCUCAGGAGGACUUCAUCCGCGGCAGCCGGGAGCAGAACGUCCGGGACGUGGUGUACGACAUCGCCAGCCAGGCUCACGUACAUUUACAACACGCGCGGUCCUUCAGUCACAACGUUCCAGCAGCUGCCACUGCAGCCUUCCUGCAGACGGUGGGGCUGGAGGACUUCCUGCAGAGAGUGAGGAGAGCAGACUUUGAUAUUUUCCAUCCCAGUCUGCGGAACAGGAACCCCCUCCUCCCCAUCCAGCUGUACUUCCGCUCCUGGAAGAAGACCUACUGAGCCCUGACCCUUACUGAUGGUUAAACCUGCUCAAGAACCCUUUGCCUUUUCCCCCCCGAUGAGACAGGAUCAACGUCAGGAACGUGCUGGACACUGAGAAGCUGCCCCCCCCCCCCCCGUCUCGCCAGCAUUUUGCACGAUACUGACACAGACGUCCUCCUUCACACAUUUUAACAUGAGACUUUACUUCUGUAGUGACGGAGCCGUCGUCUUUGCUGUUUCUGUGAAUUAUAAAAAGAAAACUCUCACCACCAAUUGCUCUCAGUAUUAUUCCUGUGUCAGAUCUCACUCCUUUGAGAGGUUCUGUUAUUUCCUUCUCUGCUCUCUGGUGUGUGGAAAUGCUUUGUCUCAUCAAAUACACUCGGAGGAGAGGAGCCAAUCAACGGAUGAAUAGAAAGUGAAGAUAAUGAGACGGAUGGUGAACUCGCAGGUUGAACACACAAAGAGCUGAUCUGAGUCCAGCUGUGGAGGCUGGUCUGAAGUCUCCUCCUACAGCUGCUGUCAAACCAAACUGAGCCCGAGCCUGGAAGACGCUCAGGAGCCUGAGGACCAAUCGCUGCUCUUCAGCCUGAGGACGUGCGAAUGGAAUUAACCUCAAAUCAAACACUAACUCAAAUCAUGUCUGUUGCAUCUGACGACGAUGAAAUAUCACCAGCGUCUUGAAUUAAAAUGAUGAGACUUGUUUUCUUGUUUGUUUGAUGCAUCUUCUCCUCAUCGUGUAAAAGCAGAGGUGGAUUAACUCGGUCACGGUGCUUCACCUCAGCUGCUCCUGAACUAAAUCGAGUGUUUAUAUUUUAUUUUAACUGCAUGCUAAUACUCCACAACAUUUAAAUCUCUGUGGCACAUUAAAACGAAGAAGUGGCCC